GACUCAACGUCCGCGGCGCCCUCGCUGACCCGCUAUCCCCGACCUCACCAUCCAUACCAUCAUCACCAGCAGCCUUAAAAUGCCCGCUCGAACCGCGUUCGCAGAAGCCCGUCAUUUUUUAGGCGUUGGGUUCAAGCGCAAGUCACCAUGCCCCCGAAGACCGUCGUGAGCGCACUGCCACCGCUGCAGCCCGAGAGCUUCACCACCGCACACCACAUCGGCAGCCCGCCAACAGGGUUCAAGAAUCCAUGGCCGUCGUACAACAGCUCUGGCUUUAUAGGCGCCGUACGCACGCGCUUCAGCGCGCCGAAGAAUUUUGUGCCUGUCCCGGUCGAUCGCGUUGGUCUUGUGAAAGUGCGCAAGCCGGACUUUGGCGCGCAGCAGGAUGGAUUGAAGGCAACUUGGAUCGGACAUGCUAGCUUUCUGGUGGAGACGAGCAGGCAAGAGGGAGCUGAGAGGGGAGCGCGUAUACUGAUCGACCCUGUGUGGAGCAACAGAGUAGGGCCGUAUGGUAUGGUUGGUCCUGUACGCUUCACGCCACCGCCCUGCUUAAUCAACGACCUCCCUGACAUCGACGCCGUCGUCAUCAGCCACGAUCACUACGACCACCUAGACUCGGCCACGCUCAAGCAGCUCAAUGCCAAACAAAACGGCGAACUGCGCUUCUUCUGCGGCCUGGGUGUCAAGGCCGUGCUGACUGGCCUUGGAGUCGGCAUCAACGCCGACCAGGUGACCGAGCUGGACUGGUGGAACGGCGUCACACUACAGACCGAGACAGCAGGCUCCGUAGACCUGAUCUGCACACCAGCCCAACACCGCUCGGGCCGAACGCCGUGGUCCUUUGACGGCACGCUGUGGUGCUCAUGGAUCGUCCAAGAGCCGUGCGAAACCGGGAAGAAGCUCUUUUUCGCCGGCGACACGGGGUACUGUCACGUCACAUCCGACGAGCACUUCUCGCACCGCGACGCGCCGCACCCGCCGUGUCCGGCGUUCAAGCAAGUCGGCGCGCUCUACGGACCAUUCGAUCUCGCGCUCUUGCCGAUUGGGUGCUUCAAGCCGCGCUCCGUGCUGUCGGGGCAGCAUUCCAGCCCCGAGGACGCGCUGGCGAUACACAAGGAUGUGAAGAGUAAGAAGAGCAUAGGCAUGCACUACGGCACGUUGCGGGGCGCGUACUCGGCUGCGUACGAGCCGGUGCUGGAGCCUGCGGAGCGGUGGAGGAAGGGCGCCGAGGCUGAGGGAUACGCAUGGGGUGAGCAGGUGGGCGUGUGCGAUGUGGGCGAGACGGUGGUGGUGUGAAGCUCGCGCUUGUGGUCAUGAUAGGGUUCUCAUUUCUCGUUAUAUGCACGCGUUCCCCGUGCCUGUCUAUUUAUUCUGUCAUGCGUGGCCCGCCAGGCAGUUUCCACACUCGCCCCCGUCCCCGAUCCACUGUGCGCGUGCCAAAGCAACAGCUGUCACCCACGUCCUCGUCGCCCCAGUCAGCGCGGACGCGGACCCUCCUUUGCAGCAGCCAGGCGUCGUACUCCUGCGGUCUCUUCUCCGCGUCCCCGUGCUGCAGCGGGG